AUGGGCCCCCUAGCAAAGAUCGCAGCCGUAGUGCUGGCCAUUUCUUUCAUGACCUUCGUCGCCUUCUUUGGAAGGCUGCCUGCUCUGAGGCGGACCCCAGUUGCUUGGCUGUAUCGUCUGAUAUGGGUCUACAUCCCUCGAGCGGUAAUGGAUUUGGACCAGAAGCUCACCUCUGGUCGGCUCACAAGUUCGCUCUCCCGCUUCGGCACAUUCAUCAUGUACGAUAAGCAUCCAACCGUUCUAAUCUUUUUCGUUCUCCUGCUGUCCGUGUCCCAAUACAUCGCCGUUCCGCUAGCAUGGCCUCUCAUCAGCGCGGUCCAGAAGCUCACCCUCUCCAUGGCUGUCUUCUUCCCCUACCUCUUCACCUAUCUAGCCGCCUUCACGGACCCAGGAAUCAUCGACCCAUCCAACCACGCCUAUCACAUGUCUCAAUAUCCCUAUGAUUUCACGCUCUUCUACCCAGGCACCGACUGCCGCACCUGCCACCUUCUCAAACCCGCCCGUUCCAAGCACUGCUCCGUGUGCAAACGCUGUAUCAGUCGCAUGGACCAUCACUGCGUCUUCAUCAAUAAUUGCGUUGGUGCCAACAAUGCCCGAUGGUUCCUUUUGUGCCUCUUUUCGACCGCUGUACUCACAAGCUAUGGCGGCGCCCUUGGCAUGUCCCUUGUCAUCGAGCGCGCCGUGGCUCGCAAUCCGACCUGGUCGAUGCUGCCGUGGAGGGCGGUGCUGAGCGACGGCAGCCCCAUGUCUUGGAGCGCCUGGCUCCUUGCUUGGUCCUGGGGGCUCCACGAGCGGAUCAACAUUGGCGCCGUGAGCCUGCUCGCACUGCUGACGAGCCCCUUGGUCUGGGGCUUGCUCGGCUACAACAUGUGGAACGUCUAUACCGGAGUGACGACCAACGAGAGCAUGAAAUGGUCUGACUGGAAAGACGAGAUGGAAGACGGAUUCGCCUACAAGCGCAAGAUGGGCCCCGACCAUCCCAAGGACCCGCGAGUCGAGCCGAUGUGGACGAGGUGGCCGGUCGAGGCGGACCAGGUGCUCGUGAGGACUGAAAACGGCCGGCCGCCCCAUCCUUCUCUUAAGCUCGAGGGGAGCGGAGAGUGGGAGCAGGUGUGGAGACUAAAGGAUGUCGAGAAUCUCUAUGAUUUGGGUUUCUGGGACAAUCUUAUAGACGUCAUGGUGCCAGGGCAUUGCUUUAAUGACUCUGACAUGCCGGCCGUGGAGAGACGGGGACGUAGUAAAGCCACAGAAGCUCCUGUGUCUUGA